AUGGUAUCGCACCCCCAAUACCACGCCUUCCCUUCCCGUCGCCCUCCCUUCCCAUCGCCUUCCCUUCCCGUCGCCUUCCCUUCCCGUCGACCUCCCUUCCCGUCGCCCUCCCUUCCCGUCGCCCGCGCUUCUUCCCGUCGCACUCGCAAUCCGUUUCUUCCUCUCUCCCCGUCGCCCUCCCUUUCCCCGUCGCCCUGCCAUCCACUGCUCGUCGCCCUCGCCUUCCAUCCCGCCUCCCUUCCCAUCUCGCACACGCUUCUGACAGCCCUCUCUCCGUCCCCUCUGAAGCCCACGGCUCAGCUCCUAUCAGAAUUCCCUCAUUCCUCCGACGCCCCCUACCCUAGGACUCCUGCCUCCCGAUCCCUCUCCCCGUGCACGCAUCGCACGCGCAUCGUCCCCCUCUCCUCCUCCACCGCCCCUGCUGCCGCUCCCUCUGCUUCCCCUUGUUUCCCCCCUGCUUCCCCUAGUCUCCCCCCUGAUUACCAUAUUUCGAAACUCCUCCUUCCCGUCAUUUCCCCCUUUGCUUCUCCUCGUCUCCCCUCCUUCCCCUCGUUUACUUCGCUGCUUACCUCGUUUCCCCCUCUGCUCUCCUCGUUCUCCCUGUGCUUUCCCUCUUCCCCCCCCCUCCUUCCCCUCAUUUCCCUCCCUCCUUCCCCUCAUUUCCCCCCUUGA